AUGGCUGACACGACCUCACUCAAGUACACGACGUUUGACGAGAUUGAUGCCAUUCAUGCUACGCUCCGUCAAAGUUUCAGAACGGGGAAGUUGAAGUCGAUUGCAGCCCGCAAGGUUCAGAUCCUGCAGCUAGCCUAUCUUAUUCAAGAUAAUUACGACCGGUUUAAAGAAGCGUUCGCUGCUGACCUCGGUCGGCCUACACUCGAGACUGCCUUCUUGGAACUCGACUCUACCGUCAGCGACUGCAAGAUUGCCUACGACCGUGUCGAGAAAUGGGCUCAAACGGAGAAGGCGCCGUUCAGUUUCAACUUUUUCGCUAUGCGUCCCGUCAUUCGUAAGGAACCGAAAGGUGUCGUUCUCUCCAUUAGUCCAUUCAACUACCCUGUAUGGCUCGCUCUUGGUCCUAUGAUUGGCGCGAUUGCAGCGGGCAAUUGUUUCGUUCUCAAACCGUCUGAGCUGUCUCCUGCUGUUAGUGGACUCAUCGCUGAGCUAGUCCCAAAAUAUCUGGAUCCUGAUGUGGUUCGUGUCGUGCUGGGCGCUGUGCCGGAAACCACGAGGUUGCUGGAGUUGCCAUGGGCUCACAUUCUCUACACUGGCAGUGGUCGCGUGGCCAAGCUCGUUUGCGCUGCUGCUGCAAAAACACUUACGCCUGUCAGCACCGAGCUCGGUGGCAAGUCUCCCGUUGUGAUCGACCCUAAAUGUGAUCUGAAGACUGCCGCUAAACGCAUCAUGUGGGGUAAAUGCGUUAACGUGGGCCAAACUUGUGUCGCUCCAGACUACAUCCUUGUUCCACAAGAUGCGCAGGACGAGGUCGUUCAAGCCCUCAAAGCCGCACACGAUGAGUUCUAUCCAUCCGGCCCUUCGGCUGCAGGGGUAUUUGGUCGCAUCGUCAACCAUACCCACUUCCGACGCCUGAAAGGCCUGCUCGACAGGACCGCAGGUGAGAUCGCGUUCGGAGGCGAGACCAACGAGAGCGACAAGUAUAUUUCUCCCACCAUUGUCAAGAAUGUCAAGGGAGAUGAUUCUUUGAUGAGCGAGGAAUUGUUUGGCCCUAUUCUGCCCAUUGUGCCAGUGAAGAAUAUCGACGAAGCUAUCGCAUUCAUCAAUGACCACGAUAACCCCCUUGCCUUAUAUGUCUUCUCCCAAGACGCUGCGUUCAAAGCCAAAGUCUUCGACAACACUCUUAGCGGUUCGGCGGUAGCGAAUGACACUUUGGUCCAUUGCGCUGUUGACGGGCUUCCGUUUGGCGGUAUUGGUCCAAGCGGGUCGGGUUACCACACCCGGAAAUACACCUUCGAUUUGUUCACCCACCUCCGGUCCUCCCUUGAUUCCCCUUCAUGGGUGGAUAGUAUCUUCGGGAGCCGAUUUCCACCAUAUACGGCAAAGAAGGAGUCCUAUCUCAAGUCACUCCUUGGUGUCAAGUUGCCUCCGCGUCCCCGCCAACUUGCCAACGGGACUGACAAGGUAGGCAAAGGCAGCUAGGCCUCCAGCUGCUGACGCGUGUUGAUAAAAGGCUUCCAGAGCCUAGCCCUGUGCGAUGAUGGUCGGCGGUGUUAUUUUGUGGUGUUGAUUGCUGUGUUCGUUUUAGCAGUCGGAGUGACGCAGCUCCGGGUUUCGGAAUGGGCGAAGGAGGCAGUUGGUCUUUAGCUAGUAUUAUCCGAUCUUUUGUCUUGGUUCCGGCUCUAUUGUUUUCGUUUUGUUUACCUCACGGACCCUUACCGAUUAUCAUGCGCGUGACUGUCCGACGAAGCACGGCCUGUGUUCGAGUGGUCUAAUCUUGUAUAUGAUUACUAGAUGCACGGUACAAUGCUACAACAGUCCAUCCCCAUAUGUGUGGUAUAUCCCGAGCCGUGAUGUCGUCUAUUAUGCAAUAAUAAUUUAGGUUUAGAUAGACCUCCUCCAGGUUGACUGGUCUGCCUCAGGGUGAUGCGAUGAACGUGAGGAGACUU